AUGGGAGUCUUGUCAGUAGCCAUUUGCAAAAGUGCGAACGUGCAUAGGCCACACUUGAAAGCAAAGUCGGUUUCAAAGCCUUUACACUUUCCUGGCCUUAAGCUUCCCUUUGUUUUGGAUACUUCAGAAUUACCAGAGGUGAUUCUUCAAGUAGGUGAUGCAAAUGACCUGUUUUCUCAGUUCUUGUUUGAGUGGCUCAAUGAACAAGUGAUUGUAGGCUCAGUGAUUUAUGUCUCAUUUGGAACCCAAGCUGGCUUAUUAGAGAAUCAACUUAAUGAGGUGAUUUUGGGGUUGGAGCAGGCAGGGGUUCCAUUUGUCUUGGUGGUCAUGCGAUUGAACACAUGGUCUCCACCAAACGGACUAGAAGAGAAACUAAAAGGUAAAAGCAUUGUUACAAAGGAAUGGGUGGAUCAACACCAAAUACUAUCACACCGAGCAGUGGGAGGGUUUAUGAGUCACUGUGGUUGGAACUCAGUGAUCGAAAGCAUCUCCGCCGGCGUGCCCAUUUUGGCCUGGCCUAUGUUUGCCGAGCAGUGUCUCAAUGCCAAGCUUGUUGUUGAAGGACUCGGGGCCGGACUCGAAAUCAAAAAAGUGCCUGAUCAAUUAGGCUUAGGAAUUGAAGUCUUAAAACAGGCAAUAUGUGCAGGCGUGAGAGAGCUAAUGUUGGGAAGCGAGAAAGGAAGGAAUGCAAAGAAGAGAGCACAAGCCUUGGGAAGAUUGGCUUGUCAUGCAGUUUAA